GCUCUAGAGAUUGGUAAUAAUGUGUAUGAAAUACAGUUGUGGCGUUUACAUACAAAGACUCAUUUCCUCGAGUUGGGCGUGCUUAUAAUUUUUUGACAGCAAUUGUGGGCGGUGCCGAGCUCCCUUCGCAGGCUGCGAGGACCAGUGUCGCGCUGCAGCCGCAUUACUGAUCCUUAGAACUGAGCAUCACUCGGGCUCGCCAGCUAGAGAGAUCUGGAGGGAACUCGAACGCAUCCCUGAGAGCUACAUAACCACAUCAGAAAGACUGGAAAAGACCGAACGGGUGUCAGCACGGCCGCUUUAUAAGCUCGAUUGUUUCUUUUUUUACGCCGUCCGAAACAUAACCGAGAAAAAAUUAUUAUUCAUGGAAAUAAAAUAGUGACCUGCAGAUUCCGUUUGUUUUUUUAUUUUAUUUUUUUUUCCUGACAGCAACGCAGCCUUUUGAAUCUCAAAAUGGCUGAGAUUACCAACCUAAAACCAACAUACGACGUGUCCCCGGUGCUGGCGGGGUUCCUGGGCGCGGGGGUCCUGGUGGUGUCGGUGACGGUGGCUGUCUUCCUGUGGACCUGCUGCCAGCGGCGGUACCGCCAGCUGACAGGCAGCUACAAGCUCCACGGCAGCCCGUCAGGCCACUGCGACGCGGCCACCGACCCGCCCUACAAGUUCAUUCACAUGCUGAAGGGCAUCAGCAUCUACCCGGAGACGCUCAGCAACAGCAAGAAGAUCGUGCGCGUGGCGCGGCGCCCGGGCGGGCGGGGGGAGCGCAGCCGAGAGUGGGGGCGGGCCGGCGGGGGCAGGGGCGGCGGAGGGGUGCUCCUGGUGGAUGCGGCGGAGAACGGCCUUCUCAACGCCCCGCACCUGCAGAUGAACCACCUGGUACCCAGCGGGCAGCCCAAGCUGGAGCGUGAGCUGCCCAUCCGGGCCGACUACUGCUGCCUGGAGAGCAGCUCGGCCAGCAGCAGUGAGACCAACAGCACCGUCCCCAGCAAGAUGGCCUCCCCCUUCACCCCGGCCGAGGAGCCAAGCCUCGGCACGCUCACCCUGGCCGUGGACUACAACUUCCCCAAGAAGGCGCUGGUGGUGACCAUCCAGGAGGCCCGGGGCCUGCCUGCGGUGGACGAGCAGUCGGGAAGCUCCGACCCCUACGUGAAGAUGACCAUCCUGCCGGAGAAGAAGCACCGCGUCAAGACCCGGGUCAUGCGCAAGACCCUGGAGCCCGUCUUCGACGAGACCUUCACCUUCUACGGCGUGCCCUACAGCUCCCUGCCCGACCUCGUGCUGCACUUCCUGGUCCUCAGCUUCGACCGCUUCUCCCGCGAUGAUGUCAUCGGUGAGGCCAUGGUGCCACUGGCCGGGGUGGACCCCAGCACCGGCCGGGUUCAGCUCACACAGCAGAUCUGCAAGAGGAAUUUACAGUGUGUGAGUCGUGGGGAGCUGCUGGUGUCUCUGUCCUACCAGCCUGUCACCCACAGGCUGAGUGUGGUGGUACUGAAGGCCAAACACCUGCCCAAGAUGGACAUCACAGGCCUGUCAGGCAACCCAUAUGUGAAGGUCAACGUGUUCUAUGGCCGCAAGCGCAUCGCCAAGAAGAAGACACACGUGAAAAAGUGCACACUCAACCCCGUGUUCAACGAGUCCUUCAUCUACGACGUGCCAGCCGAGCUGCUGCCCGACAUUUCCGUGGAGUUCCUGGUCAUCGACUUCGACCGCACGACCAAGAACGAGGUGGUGGGCCGUCUGGUGCUGGGCGCGCACAGCCCCUGCGCCUCUGGCGCCACCCACUGGCGGGAGGUCUGCGAGAACCCCCGCAGGCAGAUCGCCAAGUGGCACAAUCUCAGCGAGUACUAGCGCCACACGCACACCUACACACGCGCUGGGGAGUCACAGAAAAGACCCCCCCCCAUUCCGAGGGAGACAACUCCUCUUAUGUCAUAGAUCACCCCCCCCUAAAAACAAACAACUGAAAACUUAGGGGGGACUUGUACAGUGAACUGUUUUGCGUCAGUAAAAAUAACAGUGAUGAUUACUAUGAUAACGGGGUUGACAAAAAAAAAAAAUCUGAAAGGACUUUUGAGAAUUAGAGCACAAAUUGUUAUGAGUCUACAAGAACAAAUAAAAGACUGAAUGAUUGGUUGUUACAAAGAACCAAAAUAUGAAUCAAAAAAUAUACAAGACUGUUAAAAAAUGAUUCGGUCCUAUCAUUUUGAAGGCAGGGCAGGGGGAUGGGAUUAUCUGAGUAAAAUUCACUUAAAAAAUAUAGUUCACAAACCCUUGCCCCACCCUACCUGGUUGCAUACAUAUUGGUGGUGUAUACUUUCAAUCUAUUGCAUGCUGAACAAAUAAAAAACAUUCAAAGAAAAAAAUGAAGAAGCAAUGAAGUACAUAUUACUGGAACUCUUAACGUAUAAGUACUUAUUCUCUCAUUCUUAAUUCCAUAGGAGGAGAAUAGGUGAAUUCAGCAAGAGCUCAGCUCAGAGCCGUACCACCAGGGCAGUGGGGUAACUUAGAGACAGGCUAGUUUCCUUGGUGAGAUAUAUUUACCCUAUCUUCCAUUCUAUAUUAAAAGGAAAAUAAAAAUAUAUAUUCAUAAAUCCAUAAUGGCAUCUUUUAAAAUUGAUUUCUUCCAUUCUUGGAGUGCCCAUGCCCAUACAUUAGCAGAGAAACCCAUGAAACUACAGAUGCAUUGACCCGAUACAGACAUAGCAGUUCUCCGCUCUAUUCCCAGGAAAGGGAUCCUUGGCAGAAAUGCUGCCAUCUCUUUAGAACCGACAACAGCUAAUAUUCAAACCAGAGAUAUUCCCAUCCAAGCAGUAUGUGAAAAUAGAGGCAAAAUAACCUUUGCUGUUUCAUUUGGGUUUAGAAAGCUAUUAAAGUUAAUCACGAAGUUUUAAUACAACAUGUUGAUUUUUUUAUGUAAGAAACAAGUACAAGGUUUGAUCAUGAAUAGGGCAUGGAUGUGGGUUAGGAUCAAGGCUUUUUCAGAUGUACUAAAGUUUACAGAUUUUUUCUCCAGAAAGCAGUGGGUGCCUUACUAAAAGACAACAUGGACCCACUGCCUGGGCUACCAGUUUCAAAUUCAGAACCUGACUUUGGGUUUUCCCUGUUGCUACCCACGCAGAAUCUCAAAACAUUGUACUUGCCCCCCUCAGAUCAAUUUGAGAUUUGAUUUCGUAUUGGCCAAAGAUCAGGAAGCUUGAAGACAUUAUCUCUUGUGGAAGUUUCGCAAUGGUCAUUUCUAAUUGUAAUCCUAUUUUUAUUUUGUCGAGCCUGUUUGGAGAUUUGGUUUAGAAGCUGUGAAAGCGGUGAGUGCACAACACAGAUGAAGCCAGGCUUUACAGGAGUUCCCUGUACAAAACCCCACCACACUUCGCAGAUUUAUAUUCACUGUGGUUAUUAUCAUGAGAGCUGUAGUAAGAAUCACAGUGUACUGCUCCAUCAAUGGCAUUGUAAUAUAUAGCAAACACUAUCUGUGGCUUCAUAGUAGAUCUGUGUGAUAUAGUACUGCACCAUUUUGAACAAUAUUGUUCCUGCGUCCAGUUUGUAUUGGAUCCACAAAAUGCUACCGCUUUGUGUCUGUGCUUCCUGUCGAGGCUAAGGCACAUCUCCCUUAACUAAGCACUAUCUACUGUUCAGUGGAACCCUUUGAUUAUAACUGCACCUUAACUAUGUCACCAAUGUUAAAGUGAGCUUGCGAGUGUGUCUACGUGUGUGUGUGUGUGUGUGUGUGGGUGGUUGGGUGGUAUGUGUGGGUGUGUGGUAUGUGUAUGCUUGUGCGGGAGGGGGUAGAAUUCAUACACUACUAGAAGAAGCAUUGGAGUGUCAUCUGGUGCUUUGUUCCUGUCUCUCUUUUUGCGUUCGUUGCUGAAAUAAGCACUGCAGAGGGGAUUCCUGCUCCAGAGUUGCCUUGGGAAGCUUUGAGCCGUUCAGAUCUCUGAGUGAUCAAAACGUGUAUUUCAAACCAGCACGUCCUUCCCCUGUUUCCUUAACAGAGCCUAAGUAGUUAGAUGUAACACUGCCGCCGAGUGUGCAGAGAUAGUCUUCCUCUCUCCGUCACUGAUACGGCUAGAUGUAUUUUACAGUUUGGCAUCUGUAAUAGUGCAGUGAUACGGACAGGUUUUGACGUUUGUCAAAUGGGCAUUUCUGGUGGGCAAAGCACUAGUACAACAUCUCUGUCAGGACACACCCGGCAACUGCCUGCAUGGCGGCUACCGAUUUGUGACCGAUUGCCAGUUGUGUCGAAACAGAGGUAAGGUCUGUUACAUUAGUAGUGCCGAUGCUUGGCAAGCCAUUUCAAUCAGUGCUUUGCAUUAAAUUUGAGAAGCGGUGGCGCUGAAGUAUUUUGUAUCCUUGAAGGCAGUUAUGUGCUUACAUUCAAAGGCUUCACAAAGUAAGUUUGGCUGCAGACCCCUUUGAAGUCAAUUUUGUACUCAUGCUUAAAAAAAAAAAUGAACUGAGAAUUUCGCGGUCAGACAUUGUAAGGAAUGGGAAGGUAAAUAUAGUACACAGCACUGUGGCAAAGGGUUGCAGUCGUGUAGAGAGACAUGCCUUAGCAGCCGUGAAGCAACAGAUAGCCUGGAGCGGAGUAGUGCUGAACUGGUGGAGGAUUUUGUACCAUAUUUAUCUGACGUCAUUUGGAAAGCUCAAAAGCUAACUCCUCCUGUUGCCUUUUGGUUUAGUGAAUGUCCACCUGACACACUUUUAGGUGUGCAUGCAUUUGCUGUUUGGAAUUGUUGGAAAAAAAUGGUUUUCUCUCAAGGCUAUUUGUAGGAAAGAGGCAUGUUGUAUAUAUUGUAAUAUAGGAGGCUACAACCUUGCUAUUGUUUUUUUCUUACCAAAUAUACAUAUAUAAAUAGUGUCACCACCAGUUGAGUCCAGCUGAUAUUCACAGUGAUAGUCCCCUUAAACCUAUUGUUGAUGCACAUCAUGUGGAAAAGGAACAUCACAGUUUUUUAUUUAAUUUUUAUAUGUCAUGUCUUAGCCUUGCCUUUUCUCCCACGCAGAAGGCUCGCACUGAGAAUCUCCAGAGGUCUCAUGCGGUAGCAAGAAUAAUUAGAUGCGCAUCGUCUGUUCUUUGGACGGAAUAAAUGCAAAUAAGCAGAAUUCACGUCAGAGAAGUAUAAUGUUUGCUGCAAUGAUUACUAGGUAACAUCAUUCAGACUUUCUGCUGAAGAAUCCUCUUUUUGUCAUUGUUUUGAAAUCAAUUGUAUAGCUCUUCAUAUCUCAGUAUAUGAGGUGGUUUAACGUACACUCAAGGGUUUGAAAUGGUCCUUACAGCAGUAAUAACUACGAUGGCAAAAUACCAUCCUAUUUUGGCCCGCAUUAUACAUAGAAGCACUGACUGCUGUCAAGAAAAAAAAACAGUUUUUUGUAUUCCUUUUUUUGUAGAGUUCCCUGUGCCCCUGCAAGAUAUUGUAAGCCUUGUCGGGGAUUGAAUUUAAUGUACAUGAAGGCUCUUCAACCCGCUGUCAAAUCAAAUUAGCUUUCACACGGUAACCUCAAAUGGCUCUCGCUCUGGCACAGAUGCACAGAAUAGAUUCAUACGCUGUCCUUAUCCGGGGGGUCCUGUGUCUGUUCACUGUAUAAACUCUCUUUUGUCCAGAUGUCCAGAGAUAGACUUUACGGAGCAUGCUCAUGUUUUUCGUCAUUCCAGCUAUUAGCAUAAUGCACAAGCAUCAUUAGAGAAAGGCUCUACACAGGAAGACUGCAGCAUAGGAAUCUAAACAGCCCCUGGAAAGUAAAAAGCAGAUGUGAAACCUGUGUGUUUUUUUUGGCAGUUUUGAUUGGCAUCGUACAGUCACCGUUGACAGGAGCUGACACAGACCAGGGUAGUCUAAUGAGAUGGAAGCAGUGCAUGCGCAGGUUAAACAGAGGAUGCACUCAAUGUCGUGAGUGACAGGAGGGAGGGGGCCGGGCGGGCGGGGGGCCGCUCUGUAGAGCAGAUUUGAGGGGGAUCACUGGCUCAUGUCUUGGCCCCAGCUCGUGUCCAGAUGGACAAGGUGCUGGCCGGUGUCCGGGUUUGACUGCACUGGCACUGGGAGCUCCUUCUUUUCCUUUGCGCCCAUUUCUUUCACUGUCUAAACCAUCCAUUCCUCUAUUUUCCUUUAUAUUUCUCUCUCCGGCCUUGCAUUCCCUUCGUUUUAUUUCUCACAUCGCUCUCAGUUUUCUCCAACUCUCUUUCUCUCCCAUUCCCCUUGUUUUCUCACGUCAUUUUUCACCUUGAUCUUGAGAAGGGAGUCUUGUACAAUAACAGAUGUGCAUAUGCGCUUCGGCGCAUAUUAUGUUACUCACCAUGGCACCUCUUGGUAAAAAAGCUCUGAUAUAAUAAAACCCAGGAAAGGUAUCACUGUGUGAGGAGAGAAAGGGAGAGAGAGAGAUGUUAGCGCAUUAUCCCUCCCACUGGGUGCAGCAGCUUUACUGCAGUGCAGUCAGACAGAUUGACUGAACUUGUACCAGGGAGGGAGGAAAAUUUAAUUUAGGAGAACCAAGGUGAGAAAGUUGAGUUGCACGAUGCCCGGCUCACGUCAAGGCUGGUGCAGAUAGAAUAGAAUGGCAUUCAUUUUAAAACUACAACAACCAUAUCAGAGAGGGGUGCAGAUAGAAAUUCAUAUGUAUUCCUUUUUAAGAUAAAAGCUGCAGUGAAUCUAAAAGUGUCUGGUGGCUACUCCUUGUGUGUGUGUAUGCAUGAGUGUGUGGCACUGUCCAUUCCGGACUCCAUUUCAGAUAGGAUAGUUUUACAUAAAUCAUAUCAAACUGUCACCCGUUCUGUACAUUUCAUACCUAUAAUUUAACUGUUUUUGUACAUUUUAAGUUCAGUCACCCAUCAGACAGCAUCAGAUUAACUGUAAAUCAAAUGGAUUCUUGGUCUACAGGGUGUCCCCAAAGUCUGUCUCGCAGGUAAAUUUAGUUAAAUGGUAAAAAUAACUUUAUUUUAAUUGAAACAAAUGUUCUAGUUGAUAUCCUCCAUGGGUCUGUGGACAAACACAAAAUUUAAUUAACUGAAUUGAAAAAAAAAAAAAUCCAAUCUUUUCCUGAGGAUUGUAACUCUUUUCCAUAGUAAUCAUCGCAAGUUAUUCCACCAGCAACAAAAAGAAAGUUAACAAUAACGAUUUCCCUACAGGGCCAGAUGAAUGGGACACCCAGUGUAUAUAACCCACACAUAUCCAUUGGAAUAUUCUUUUUGAAAUGAUGUUUUAAGCGAGAUUUUACCGUGAUUUCAUUGAUCCACCCAUCAAAUCUUGAGCGAUGUCAUUUUUUAUAACCCUGUGAUGAUCAUCAGUUUUUGUUUCAUGCACUUGUCAGGUAGCAUUCUCGUUUUGUGUUGUGUGUUCUCUUCCUCUGAAAUGGCAAAGGGCUCUAUAUAUGUGCUCAUUUUUAGGGUGCCCUUCCCAAAAUCCUCAUCCACCCCCACUCUGCCCCCUCUCCCUCUACCCCAUAUCUUUUUUGGUGUCUGGUCUCUUGUACUACUGAACUGGGGUUAAAAUACAAAAAAAAAAAAAAAAAAAAAAGAGGAAGAAAUGAAUUGUAGUAAUUACAAUGACCUAAAUCGAUAUCAAUGAUAAUUUAAGGUAAAUAACUUUUAAAUGGAAAAAAAUGACAUCAAGUAACCUGAACUGUGUUUAAAGUGCAUAAUGCCAUAAAGUCUAUGCUAAAUAUAUUACACUAAUGCUAACUUGUAUGUUGAAUUUGUUAACACACAUUGAACGUGCAAAUAAAAACUGUUACACCA